UGACGGUGCGCACGGCCAGCCACGCCAUUGAACCAGGCAUUUUGGUGCUAUCUGCCGGGCAGGUAGCUCGGUAUGUCGUAAUAUCAUAGUGGGCACGCAGCGCAGUACGCUUCCCGGCUGUUAUGGUUUUCGCCUUGAUUAUACUUUUUUUUCGCUGUUUUAGUUCUCAAAAAUGGGAUAUACCUUCCUCGCAUCUCCAUCUUUACAUGAUGUCUGUAUUUGUCUUACUGUACAAGUUACAUACAUCAGUGCACGACUUUACGACUAUUCUGAUUCUGAUUCUAACUCUCUCGUACCUUGCCGACAACUUGAUUCAUCAACAUUUUCGUCCCAUUACUGAUGCCAUCCGCUAUGGUUCAGUACAACCGAAUUACAUUCUUUCCUUCGACUUUCUUUGUCUGUCUUCUCUCAUCGAAGACUGACUUGAGACGCUGAACUCGACCGUGUACGGUGAACUUGCG